CCCGGCGCCGGCCGACCCCGCUAAGGGAGGGGGACGGGGGCGCCCUAACUCCCCUCCGCUCUUCCGCAGCCGGGCCCGGGGCCCUGGCACGUCCGGCGCGCCUGAUGCUUUCCAGAUGUGAGCCUGGUUCCCCUCCCCCACCUGGCCCCGUUGCUCCCGCGGGGUAGGAGGGAGGGGAGCUAGAGUCCGAUACCCGCCUAUCAAAUCGCUAGCAGGGACCCCGGCCCGUAUCCCCUCCCGGCAGGUCUCGUUUCCCUGUUCAAGCGGUAAAAACCGAAUUGGGAUGGGCUGAGCGCAGUAGAGACGAGGCUCUCCCCCACCUCCACCUCUUCCCCGGGCUCUGCCUCAGCCCCUCCCUCGGCCCACUCGGGCGACACGCAGCCCCCAGGCCACGCCCCCUCCGGCCCGUCCCCCGAACACUCCCCUUAUAAACCCCGCCCCGAACCACCACGCCCCUUUGGCUGCCCGGAGGUCGGGCCCCGAGGUCAGGUCCCUCGGACGCGCCUCCGCCUUCAGGUCCCCUGCGGAGGGCGCGGUCUGAGUUGUCUGUCUCUCUACCCCGCUCUGUUUUGCGUCUCUGGGUGUCUGUGUUUCUGUCUCUGUACUUUUCCGUGUGUCUCUCCUGUACCCCGUACGUCUGUCUCUAUGUCUGUCUCUCUCUGCAACCCUCUGCCUGUCUCUGUCUCUCUUAGUCGCUAGGUCUCUAUCUCUCCAAAUUUCCGUCCCUGUCCCUAUCUCUCUCUGCCUCUGUCUCUCCCUGCGUCUCUGUCUCCCUCUCUGAAUUUCUGUGUCCCAGGCCAUCUUCAAUGGUCUCCCUCUGGCUCCCUGCACCUUUCUGCGUCUCUCUCCCACGUCUGCAUGCCUAGCGGGACAGCGGGGCGCCCGGCCCUCCGGGUUUCCACGGCCUCCUGCGGCGUGGGCGCCGGCAGGGUGGGCAGCUCGGCGGGCCGCGGGCGCCCCCGUGUGGCCCGCGGGGGGCUGUAAGGAGAGGCCAGCAGGCUGAGUGUGCGCGCCUGGUGCAGAACACUGCGGCCGCCCGUGGGGGACACCGGGAGGUAGCGUGUGACGCCAAGAGACUCACGGUGUGAGUGCGCACCCCUUGAGAUCGCGCGCGACGCCAGAGGUUGUGUGUGGCUGUGUGACCUUGGGAGAUUUUCUGUGACAACCAGAAACAGGGUGUGACUGUGUGAAAUCGUGUUACACCCAGACGUUGUGUGUGACAGUGUAUGUGCGGUGACCGAGAUGACCUAUAGGUGACGGCGUGUGACACCGUGAGGUUGGGUGUCCCUGAGACACUAUUUGGGGGAUGUUUGUGACAUCGAGAAACCAUAUGUGAGCAAGAGACCAGGUGUGACAGUGUGCAGCGUGGUGAGGACAGGAGAGUCGUGUGUGUCACACGGGCAGAUGAUGUGUGAGAGAGGGCGAGAGUGAAUGCGUGUGACCCACCAAGCAAUGAUGCGGGAAGUAGUGUGCGGGGCCCCGGGGGCGGGGCAGCUGGGUGUGAGAGAGUGACCACGCGAGUGUGAGACAGGAUGUGUCAGCCACACGGAUGCCGUAUGAGAAGCUGGGUGGGACUGUGUGUAACACAGAUCGUGUGGGACGCUGAGACUGGCCCAGUGUCAUGACAGUGCCUUAGAGAGUGUGCAACCGUCCUGGGCACUCCGACGGGUGUACGAGAGAAACCUCGUGUGUGUAAGUGUACGUGUGUGACACCAGGAGAUUGCGGUGUGAGGGCGACAGCUGUGUGUGACACGUUGUGUAAGGCUCGGCAUGACAUCUUGAGAGCCUGUGUGCGAUCCUGUGCGGAGCUGCGUGUGUAUACUUGACACUCUUGAGUUGUGUAAGAUGUCACCGGUGAGGACGGGCCAGGCUCGGAGAGACUGUGAGGGGCUGUGUGACUGUGGCGCUCUGGGAGGUUGUGUGCUGAGCACAGCUGGUUCAGGAGACUGUGUGUGCAGCGCCGUGUGGCGCAGCGAGAUAUUGUGCAUAUCUGCCAGGGACCGUGAGUGUGAGUCGGCUUGCUGAGAGGGGUCGUCUGGGAUGGGGUGACACUGAGGUGGGGGAUGUGACAGGGUGGCAGAGCAUAUGUAAUGGAGUGAGAGGCUGUGUGGGACCCACAGGAGAGAUUUGUGUGACUGUGGAAUAAAUGCAGCAGAGCAUGGGCGCAUCUUGAGAGACUGUCUUUACCUGUGAGUGUGUGUGUGUGUGUGUGUGUGUGUGUGUGUGUGUGUGUGAGAGAGAGAGAGAGAGACAGAGACAGAGAUUGAGAGGGGAGACUGCGAGAGACAUAGAGGGAGAGAGAGAGGCACAGAAACACAAAGACAAAGAGGGGGACGGACAGACAUAACAAGAGGACCCAGAGAGACAGAGGCGAGGCAGCGAGGGCGAAGGGGAUGGUGAUGGCAGGAGGAGGCGGGUCCUCAGGGACUGUGCCCCAGGAGAGGGGGCGGGGCGGGGCUCAGGGGGGGACCCAGACGCUGCUUCCCAGCCUCUGCCACCCGCCCGCCAUCCCAGCCCUGAGCAGCAACAGGUAGGAGGCUCCGGUCUUGGCCCCGACAGCUAGUUCCUCUGCCUGGGAAUGAAUGGAUGCGUGAGUGAAUGAAUGACUUUAUCCUUCUGCCUCUCCAUCGGCCCGUCUCUCCCUCUGUCCCUCCAUGUGCCCCUCUCUGUCCCCCUUCGUCACUCCAUCUCUCCUCCUGCCCUUCCACUUCCUUCUCUCUGUCCCCCUGGCCCUUCUCUCCUCUGUCCCUCCCUUUAUCUCCGCUGUCCCUCUCUCUACCGCUCCACUUGUCCCUCUCUGUCCUCUCCCACUCCAUCACUCCAUCCCAACCCUUCCAUCUCCCCUUCUCUGUCCUCCGUCUGUCCCUUCGUCCCCUCUGUGCUUCCCUCCCCCUGUAUCACUCUGUCCCUUUCUUUACCCCUCCAUCUAUCUGUCUCCCUCUCUCGCUGCUCCCUCCAUCACUCCGUCCCUCCCCAUCUCUCCAUCUUUCUAGCCCUCCUCAGGCUCUUUAUUCCCCGGUGCCUCAGUCUCUGCCUCUGUCAUUUUGUCUCUUCCUCCGCCCCUCUCCCAGUCAUGGAUGGGUUGCCCCCCCUCUCCAGUCCUCUCUCCGGCUGCUAAUGAGCAAGACGAGCCUUUGAGGUGGCCGGAGCUGGGGUGGGGGGGGCUCCCCGAGGGGGGCGGAGGGGGCAGCUGCUGCGAAGGCCCUAAUGAGGCCCCCUCUGGGCCCCUCCCGCCGUGAUCUUAAUUCCUCCUUCUCCCUGGAGCCGCCGCUAAUUGGCCUGGGGAGGGCCCCCUCCUGGUUCGUGCUCUAUCCCCGGGAGGCGAAGACACCUGGAUCCCUGGAUCCUGAUCCAACACCUGUGGCCCUGUCCUUCUGUCCCUCCCUCCACCCGCCUCUCAGCCUCCCGUCUGUGCUUCCCUCCCGGCUUCCCUCUCCUCUCUGUGUUCCCCCCUCCACCUGACUCUAGGUACCCCAUCCGUGCACCCCUCCACCGCUCCACUUGCCCCUCUCCUCUCUGUUCCUCUGUCCCUCUUUCGGCCGGCUUCUUGGUCCCCCAUCUGCGUAGAUCUUCAUCUCUCCCCUUUUCUUCUGUUUUCCUGUCCCUUCCUCCACCUUCCUCUGGGCACCCCUUUCGUGCGCCCUUCCACGCACGCCCCUGUUACUGGGUCCCAUCACCACCGCCAUCCCUAUCUGGGGACCCAGCUUUGCCCUAGCCUGGCCCUCCGCCCCGACUCCCGCCGGCUUUUAACCCUGUCCCCGCCGCAGCCAUGUCCAACAACAUGGCCAAGAUAGCGGAGGCCCGGAAGACGGUGGAACAGCUGAAGCUGGAGGUGAACAUCGACCGUAUGAAGGUGUCACAGGCGGCGGCCGAGCUCCUGGCCUUCUGCGAGACUCACGCCAAAGACGACCCGUUGGUGACGCCGGUACCCGCCGCAGAGAACCCCUUCCGCGACAAGCGCCUCUUUUGCGUCCUGCUCUGAGCCCUCCCGACAGCUUACCCUCCCCUGGCAAACUUCAGAAAGCAGCUGGCUACUUGUACGACACCCAUUUUUCAGAUGAGGAAACUGAGCCAAAGGUGGCUAGGAGAUAAUGGGGUGAAGACUGGACUCCAGCGCUCCCUGAACCUCUCAGCUGGCCUCUCUUCUCUCCUCCCUCCUGGGUUGGGGGUUCUUAGAAUCCCCAGUGUCCACCUUUCUCAUCCCCUGAAUGAUUCCACCCCGUUUUUCCACAUCUGGUUAGUCCCUGACACAGGCCCCCCUCUCCUUAAGCACUGAACUUUUCUCUGUUCAUUUAUUCAUUCUUUCAAACACUCCUGGCCCUGUGCUGGUUGAAACUGGGGACACGGCCAUGACUGAGACAGUCCUGGCCCUGGGCUCCUGGGGCUCAGAAUCCAGUGGGAGAGACAGACCUGUCCCCAGAUAGUGAUGAUUCAGAGUGGGCAAGCCUGGGAUGGGGGAAUUCAGAGGGAAUGCCUGACUCAGCUUGAAGGUCAGGGAGGGCUUCCUGGAGGAGGGAACAUCUGAGCUGGGACAUGGUGAUAAUAAAACUUG